AUACCCAAACUACGGUGGAGCCCAUUCAACCGAUUCUCCGCAGUGCUGAAAGAGCAGUGUGAAGUAAAGAAGGAGAAGGAGGAGGACUGAAAGAGGGGGAGAAAAGAGAGGAGAACAGUGGGGGAAACACGAAAGAGAGAGAGUGUGUGUGUGUGUGUGUGUGCGUGCGGCGAGAGCAGGGAAGAGGGAGAGAGAGAUAAGGGGAAAACUGCAAAUUGGGUGCCCAGGCUUCCCAGUGCGCACAGAUCUCUCGUCGGCUGCACCGUCCGACCAGCUCUCCGCUCUGCAUGAUGAGUUCGUUCAGUACGAGGGCGCUGACGCUGCUCUCGUCGGUUUUCGGGGCCUGUGGUUUGCUGUUGGUUGGCGUCGCCGUGUCAACAGACUACUGGCUGCUGAUGGAGGAGGGAAUCAUCCUGCAGCAGAACCAGACCCAGGAGGUCAAGAUGGCGCUGCACUCGGGCCUCUGGAGGGUCUGCUUCGUGGCCGGACCAGAGAAGGGCAGAUGUGUAGCGUCAGAGUAUUUCACCGAGCCGGAGAUAGAGAUCACAACAGAAAAUACAGCCAACAUACUCAAAAUGGUCCGAACAGCCACUCCCUUCCCCAUGGUCUCCCUGCUCUUCGUCUUCACUGCCUUCGUCAUCAGUAACAUCGGACACAUCCGGCCGCAACGCACCAUCCUCGCCUUCGUUUCCGGAAUAUUCUUCAUACUGUCUGGUCUCAGCCUGGUGGUUGGUCUGGUUCUGUAUAUCUCCAGCAUUAAUGACGAGGUGAUGAACCGACCUCGAGAGCCAGAGGCGUUCUUCCACUAUCGCUACGGCUGGUCCUUCGCCUUCGCCGCCUCCUCCUUCCUGCUCAAGGAGGGUGCAGGAGUGAUGUCCGUCUACCUGUUCAUGAAGCGCUACGCUGAGGAGGAGCUGUACCGGCCUCAUCCCGCCCUCUACCGCCCCCGCAUGUCCGAAUGCAGCGACUACAGCGGCCAGUUCCUCCACCCAGACUCCUGGCCUCCACCGAAGCGGGGCCGCAGCGCCUCCGACGUCUCCUCCGACAUCUCCAUCCAGCUUAACCAGACGCCGCCUUCGCAGGCACAGGCCAAGGGGGGCAGCAGCUCCCAGCAGACGCCCUCCUCCUCUGGGCCUUCAUCGGCGGCCAGCUACCAGCACCAGCCAGCCUCCUCCUCUUCCACCUCCUCCUCUUACCCACACCCUCUCCACCUGGCCUCCACAUCCACCUUACCCAGAGCAUCCCAUGCCCACGGCCACCCUCAGCCACACCCCCACCCGAGCGGGCCACCACCCCAAUCCCUGCCCAUGGGGGUGCCACCCUCAGCCGUGCCUCCUCCCCGCUAUCACGCGCACAUGCGAAUGAGCGCGUCGCCAUGCUAGGCUACAUAUGAAGAAAAUGAAGAAAUGAACAUUUCCAGAAAGAAUAUCUGGAAAUGGGGGGGGGGGGGGUAGAUUGGCUCUGGUACAGCUCUUACACACCACAAGAAAACACACACACACACACAAUCACAAAUCCUGUAUCCUCGAAGUGUGUGGGAGGAGGGAUGCAGCAGAGUGGAUGAAGCAGGGAGGUUUGAGGAGAACAAAAAGAGGAGAGAGGAUGAAAGAAAAGAGGGGAGGACGGGAGGAGAGGCGAGUGGGCGGAUGGUAUGACUCACUGCUGAUGCCGAGCCCAAGACGACGACAGACACUUAAAACUUUUAACACGCUGGGAGGAAACACGGUGGGGGAGGAGAGAGGGAUGCAGUUAUUAGGAGCAUCAACACGUUGUGCGGUUUGUGACGGGUACGUUCAUCAUCAGGACCGCGACACACAGGAAACAGGAAGCUGAAUCAUUUCCAAACUGUUGUGUUCCAUUCACAAAAACAACAAAACAGUGGAUCUGGCUAUACAUGUAUUAUCCUGUCAUCAACAAGGACUGAGGAGACCUGCUAUAAAAAAAAUGCAUCUACUGUAACAUGUUUUCCUAAUUCCAUGAACAUGGUUGGGAAAGUUACUUCAUCACGUCUUGAUUACUUUUGAUUACUUUCUAAAUAAAUGUUGAAAUCCCUAUAAAAACAUUGACUUAGAAAUCAAAAGUAGGCUGCUGUUACUGUGGCUUUUGUUUAUGAGAAUACAUGAUUUUAAAAAAAACACACACACAAACUCCUGCCGACACAGGCAGCACAAUCUCCAACCAGACCGGCCUGCAACCCAGAUGUCAUGUGAGCUUUUGUUGCUCAGAAUGGAUGAAUUUGCAGUAACAUGGGUUCAGUUUGUCGGAGUAACAGAACACAACCCCUUUGACACAAUGUCAGCAUGUCAAUGGUACUGUGGAUGCAGAUUUGAAUGAAUAGAGUAUGUCCACAUGUAUUGAAUUUGUCUAUUUAAUUUCAUUCACGUUUUGAAUGUGUGUACCCAAAACAAUAAGCAGAAAACCUUUGAUGUUUUGACCAGUUUUCCCAGCCUAACUAAUAAGUAAGCCUAACUAUAAUUACAUUGGCCAAUUUUAACAUUAAAAACAUCAUACUAUCUUAUUGCUUCCCAGCCCUGUUCAUGACAAACUGUAUUUGAAAAGAAACAGGAAGAAUGCCAAUAUCAUGAAGAAUGUCCAUAUUCUUAAAAAUCAGUAUUGCUUACAACCUGGGCCUGAAAUUAAUACAAGAGUAGCCAAUGAGAAAUGAUUGAUUCAUUAAUCGAGUUUUUUUGCCACAAUUCACAUUUAAAGAUGUAGUGCGUAACAUUUUAAUAUUAGUGAACGUCCGUUACAUUCCAUACAUUGCCAAAUGAGUUGCUCCAAAGCUAUUAAGCUCAGCACAACUCUUUUUAAUCAUCCGUGUCCUCCUUGGCUACCAGCAACUUUGUGGACUAAGGGUCACGGAAGGCUUGUGUCGUGUGGAUGCAACGACCGUGGUGUUGUCAUUACUUGUAGAAUUCCUCAUGGGGGGCGACAGAACCUACUUUAAAGUCUAUAGCUUUACACCGAGACGGCCAUUUCCUUGGAUUUGAGCCCAUAAAUGUGGCAGCACAUAAAAAGAUUU